AUGGUGUCUAGGAAUGCUAAGAAGAUCCCUUCUAAUCUAUCUACCGAUGAAAAUUGGAACAAUAUCUGGAAUAUUAAAACACUUGCUAGAGUGAAACAUCUUUUAUGGAGAAUCUGUCAUGAUUGUUUGCUUUCCUGUAUGCGGCUUAGGCAACAUCAUGUCCAGUGUUCGGGAGCCUGUCCGUUUUGCGGUAAUAACGAUGAGGAUGUUUGGCAUGUUUUCUUUGGAUGCCUGGAUACGUACACUUGUUGGAUUUCUGCAGGUUUGAGCAAUAUUAUUGAUCAUAGAACUCAUUCUUUUAAUUAUGUAAAAUCGCUGAUCCUUGAUAUUUGCAGCAAGGAAGAUAAGAAUACUGCGGGUCAAGUUGCAGUAGCGAUUGAAGCCAUGUGGAAAAAUAGGAAUGAUCUUGUUUCGAAUGAUGCACAGGAAGAUGGAUCCAAAGUUGACUGGCUUGCAUAUCAUAACUGGAGAGAAUGGUUUUUGGCGUAA